AUGUUAAGAAAGUUAGUGGAUAGCUUCAAUAAAAAUUUACGUUGUUUAGAAGCGUUAGGUGAGCCUGUCAAUAAUUGGGAUUCAUUGAUUAUAUAUUUAAUGUUAAGUAAGGUGGAUUCGGAAAUUCGUCGCGAAUGGGAGCUAUCCAACAAUAAAAGUUCGGACAUUUCAAAAUUUUCCGAUCUGGUGAAGUUUCUGGAUUAUCGGUGCCAGGUUUUUGAAUCGCUCCACUAUGAUAAGGUUCCGAUUAUCAAAUUCCAUAAACAAGUGCCAUUAAGAACCGAUAGAAUUACAAAAUCAUAUGCGAUCUCAAACGCAAUGCAAUGUGUAUUAUGCAAGAAACGUCACUUAUUAUUCAAAUGUGAGGAUUUUAAAAAACUAACAGUGAAGGAAAGAAUAUCGCGAGCAAAUCAAUUAAAUGUAUGUACUAAUUGCUUAAAUACAAAUCACCAUAUUGAUAAUUGCCCAGCUUCAUUUCGUUGCGUAGUUUGCCACGAAAAACAUAAUACCCUGUUGCAUUGCGAAGAGCCAUCGAAAAAACCCUCAAAUGAUGCUGUACCUAGCACAUCAUUUUUUAGUAAUGAAAUUAAAUCACACGUCUUACUUUCGACAGCGGUCAUAUCAGCAUUGAAUAAGAACGGCGCUUGGGUUCCAGCUAGAAUCUUGUUGGAUAGCGGUUCACAAUCUAAUUUUAUAACGCAAGAAUUUUCAAAAAAGCUUUCUUUAAAAACACAACCGAUAAAGAUGUCCGUUUCAGGUAUUAGUCAAUCUUUAUCGGAUGUUAGUCACAAAACAGAAGUUUCGGUAAAAUCAAAUAUAAAUUCGUAUUCAAGCAACAUAUCAUGUUUAAUUUUAAAGUCAAUAACAAGUCAUAUGCCUUCGGUUUCGUUUUCAACAAACAUUUUGAAAAUUCCUCGCGGUAUAAAAUUAGCCGAUCGAAAUUUUAAUAUCAGUGGUAGGAUCGAUAUGUUAUUGGGAGCAGGCUUAUUUUGGAGUUUGCUACGAAAGGGAUUUAUUAAAUUGCCCAAUACUAAUACGAUCUUGCAAAAUACUGCAUUAGGGUGGAUUAUUUCGGGAACAAUUCAAUCACAUGAUUUAACAAAUAAAACGUUUUGUAACUUCUCAGAAAUUUCAAUUUUAAAUAAUAAUGUAGAAAAAUUUUGGGAAUUAGAGAAGGUUGAAAAUGCAAAUUGUUUUAGUGAUUGUGAAUUAGAAUGUGAACGUCAUUUUGUGGCACAUACUAAUAGAAAUUUUGACGGACGAUUUGUCGUUCGAAUACCUUUUAAAUAUAAUAAAAUUGAAUUAGGAAACUCGAAACAAAUUGCAUUGAAACGAUUCGCUCUUCUCGAAAAACGUUUUAAGGCUAAUACAGAAUUGUUCAAAGAAUAUAAAAACUUCAUAGUUGAAUAUCUAAAGUUAGGUCAUAUGCGAGAGGUUAAUGAAUUUCGAGAACCAACAAACGCUUAUUAUUUGCCUCAUCAUCCGGUGAUUAAAAAGGAAAGCUUAACCACCAAGCUGAGGGUGGUAUUUGACGCCUCAUGUAAGACAAGUAACGGUCGGUCCCUCAAUGACUUACAAGCAGUAGGGCCGACGAUACAAAAGGAUAUCUUUUCCAUUCUCUUAAGAUUUAGACGGCACAAGUACGCUUUGACAGCUGAUAUCGAAAAGAUGUAUCGGCAAGUUAUAAUUCACAAGGAUGAUAGGAAGUUUCAGAGAAUAUUUUGGCGCGAUAAUUCUAAUGAUUCUAUAAAAUGUUUCGAAUUAAAUACGGUAACGUACGGUACAGCAUCUGCUCCAUUUUUGGCCAUAAGAUGUCUUGAACAAUUGUGCAAGGAAAAUUAUGAAACUUACCCCAUUGAAUGCGAAAUAAUUAGAAAGGAUUUCUAUGUAGAUGAUCUAAUUACCGGAGCAGAUACUCUACCGCAGUUAAAAACUAUAAAGCAAAAUUUAUGA